AACCACAAUAAAACGAAAACCUCAUUCUGCCCUCCAUGUGAAGGAUGGAAUCAUGGUGAAGACAAAGGACAAAAUGGCGACUUGUCAUGUGGUCAAUGUUUUAUGCCCAAAUGGCCGCCGUCAAAAAAUAAAACUCACAGCUCAAACGACAAUAUUACAGAUAAUUCAUGAUGUUUGCAAAAAACAAAAUUUGGAGUCAAAAAAUUACAGUCUUCGACAUCAAAGGAAAACAUUAAAUAAUACGUUAACCAUACGAUUUGCCAACCUACCAAAUAAUGCCCAUCUUGAAUUGGUCGAGACAGGAGAUACGCCUCAGACUUCUGCAAAGCAGUGUGUUGUGGCUUUGCAACUUGAAAAUGGUGAACGUCUCGUUCAUGAAUUCACUUCAGACUUCACCCUGUUUAAUAUCCUCAAAUUUUGGACAACUAAAUCACCAAGUGUUGUGUUUGAUGAUGACAUGGAAGGAGUAAAAUGUGUUUAUACAAACCAACAGAUUACUGGAUUGCAGAAACUUCAAAAUACCACACUUUCAAUGAUUGGCUUAAAUGGAGGUCGUGGAGUGAUAAGACUUCUUCAAAAUAAUCGGUCCAAAAAUGUUGAUGAUCAAAGAAGUACUAAAGAUGAUAUUGAGAGCAAAGAAAGAUCUAAAACUUCACCAGAGCCGUGUCUCAUCAAAGAUAAAUCUUCAAAUGAAAUGGAUGUUAGUAGUUCUAGUAACAUGUCCAUAUUGAGCUGUUCAAGUCAAUCAACUGAUGAUGUCAUCGUAAAUUCAAACGACAAGCCUACCACAUGCGAUCCACGUGAUAGUGAAUCACGUGACACUCCUGCAGCCAAUGGAAGUACUACAGGCGAUACAUGUGACACUCCUAUAGCCAGUGAAAAUCUCCAAAAACAGUAUAAGAAAAAUAGUUAUAGUAAAAUUGAGGAGCUUAUGGAGGUUGAAAAAACGACGGAAUCUUUCCCAGCAGAAAAAGACGACAUGGAAGUCGACAAUGAGCCCAAAAAUAUGUCACUCCCCCCUGAUCAGUCUGUACCAUCUUCAUCACUUCUCCUCCCUGUGGAGCCUGUGCAAUCUACGUCAGAUGGUCAAACAUCUCUAAACAUCAGGGAAACAUUUAGUGGAACAGGAAGACGAUUGAACGAAGAAAAUCCUGAGGAUGUUAGAAAGAGGCCUCGUUUUCAGUCACCUCCAUCACGUUUGGUUGAACCUAGUCAUGUCGUUGAAAGUGAAAUAGAACGAGAGGCUGUCGUAUUUCGACUCGGUGAACAAGACCCGGCUACUUCAGAAUCAUCAGAUGUUGCAGAUGAUUUCUUUGAAGUGACCGUCGAUGAUUUGCGAGUAAUGUUGAAACAUCUUAAAAAUGAAAGAGAUUUUGAGAAAUCGUUGAUGACGUCAAAAAUGAGAGAUAAUCUUGACAGAGACAAAAUUCAACAAUAUAACAGGGUAAUCAUUCGCGUCUACUUCCCAGACAGAAAUGUACUUCAAGGUUUUUUUGCACCCACCGAUACUGUGUCAAACGUCGCUUCGUUCGUUCGUGAAAAUUUGGCAGAAAAAUCAAAGGAAUUUUACCUAUAUACAACACCGCCAAAGAAAGUUCUUGAUAAACCAAACAUUACUUUAUAUGAGGCAAAACUUUUCCCUACUGCUAUUGUUUAUUAUGGCUGUCAUGAAGGCCAAGGAAGUUUUCUUAAUAAAAAGUGUUUGGACGACAUGACUGACUUGGGUUCAGCUAAUGAUAAAAUACAGGAAAAUAACAGAACAUUGUCAGGUCGUUUAUCGACUUCGAAAGUUAUGAAAGAUGAUUUAAGCAAUUCUCAGGAGGUGAAGACAGCAUCCAUUGACGACACGGCAGGCGGUAAUCAUACGACAUCAGAAAGCUCCAGAAUAACAAGGUCGAACAAUUCAAAAACUGUCCCAAAAUGGUUCAAAAUUGGGAAGUAAAAAAGCUGUAAAUCCUUUUCAUUUUCCUAAUUAACUGAACUUUUCACGGCAGUAGAUCGUAUAUGUAGAGAAAAGUAACUUACUCACGUGGGUUUCACGUGAAAUGAGAAAAUAAAAAUUAUCACUAUA